GGUUGGCUCCGGCUGGAAGGUUGAAUAUUGAGUGUCCCGGGAGGUCAGAUUGCUGUCGACAUGGCUGCUGGACAUGGACAUGAACAUGGACAUGAACAUGGACAUGAACACGGACAUGGUCAUGGUAAAAUGGAACUUCCAGAUUACAGACAGUGGAAAAUUGAAGGAAUGCCAUUAAAAGAAACGAUGCAGAAGAAGCUUGCUGCCCAAGGACUGAGGGAUCCAUGGGCUCACAAUGAUGCUUGGAGAUACAUGGGAGGCUUUGCAGGCAACAUCACCUUCAUGAGAGUAAUAUUAAAAGGAUUCAAAUGGGGGUUUGAUGCAUUUAUGGUAGAUUUGGGGGCUGAAUAUUUUCUGGAUUCCCAGAAUGAUGAAAAGAAGCAUCACUGA